AGGCCCUAUUUUCCUCUGCCACUCUCAAUCCUCGCAGGAAACAUCCCAGCAAGGCAUGGCUAAGAACCGAGACAAGAGGAAAGGGUCAGGUCUUCCUUCUGCAUCCCACGCUUCAAUCACACUGAGAGAAGAAAACAGUGGGCGAAAGCAAAAUAAAGCCAAAGGAGGUUCCACCAAUAUGAAGUCCAUGUUGAAACUGCAGCACUUGAAGAGUCUGGCAAUGUGGGCUAGUCAGGAAGCAUCCAUUCCUUCUCUAGGUGCCUUUUUUGGGCACCAUUUGAUGACAUGUGGAGUCCCAGAUCAAUCCUUGUUUCCUUGCCAGAGAUGUGAAACAAUUCUUCAGCCUGGCCAAAACUGCACUGUCCGAAUUGAACCAAAUAGAGCAAGAGCACAACAUGGAACCAAGAAAUCUUAUGCUUCAACUCAAAACAAUGUCAUCUACUGGUGCCAUUUCUGUUCACAUCAUAACGUGAAGAGGGGAACCCCAAAAGGCCAUAUGAAAGAGAUAUGUCCAAAGGUGAAGCCAUCUCCGGUCUCCAAGCAUACUAAUCCAAUGCCUCAAAAUGCUGCUGACCCACAGACAGUCCAUCAAAAUGAAGUUGAAGUCUGUAAAACAGAUGAGAUAGCUUCAUCAGCAACAGCCCUAGAUAUUCCCAUCACAGAUAGUCCAGCAACUCCAACAGUAGCUACAGAUACUCCCAUCACAAAUAGUCCAGCAACUCCACUUGUGAGAACAGGUAAUACUCUGUUGGGGGGAAAGAGGAGAAAAAGAAACAAACCGGGAUCUAGCAAACAAGCUGAACCUGAAAGCAACUCUGCCUCAGCUGACACACAGAAAUCUGUCAGCACAUCAAACAAACGAAGGAGAAAAUCUUGGACAAGCCUGAGGGAAAUUGCCGAAACCAGCGAGCAGGGUAACACUCGGAACAUUGCAAAUCUAACAAUCCCUUUUUUUCUAUAGGUAGAACAAGCCAUUCAUUGACAAGGAAUACAACCACAGAUGAAUGAGGAAACCCAGGUUUCUAGGCUGUAGUAUGGUGGGUUGUUCAAUUUGUGAUGUAUGGAUGUUUGAGAUAAAUUUUUAUUUUCAGGAAGGAAAUAUUACACCCCUGAUUAAAUCUUUCCAGCAUUGAUUUCAUUAUUUGGUGCUGUCUUCGAAGAGAGUAAAUCAUUUCUCACAGUGGUGUUUGAAAA